AUGGUGCAGGCGGAAUUUCCCGUUUCUAUCGAUGCUGGUGUCACGGCGGAGCUGAUAGCGGAGCGCAAAUUCAACCUGGCUCCGGCUGAAGUUCGCCGCCGACGUCUGAUCCUGGAUGACUCAGACGAGGAGGCCCCGCCGAUCAGUGGCCGUUGCUCUCCAGCCGCGGCUCCGAAAGGGAAGAAGGGAGGACGGCUGAUAUGA